AAAAGGAAUAUCGAAAACACAAACAUCGACUUGCAGCUUACCCAUAUCGGCGGCAAAAAAACGACAAUUACAACUACAACAACUCGAACAACCGUCACACACAUUAAACGAACAGUAGUAGCACAACAACACUAUGCGAAAGAUGCGGAUCAAAAAGAUUUGGUUGACUGUUACGUUUUUCCUUUCACUGCAGAUUGCGCUUGCAGAUGAUGUUGACGUUGUCAAAGCCAUCAGUGGCACAGAAGAGAUAUCCGAACAUGACAAUGAAGUUGAUCAGGUGGCGUUGGAAUCGGAAUCGGAACCACAACAGCCGCCAAAAGUGCUUUACCAGCACAACAUACAGCAGCAGCAACCGGGACCGGCCCGAAGUAAAUUACCGCCAAUCUUAAAAACUAUGCAAUCUAAUUUAUUAUAUGUUUCCCUCUCCUCCACAUUAGGCAACCAUCAGAGCAUUCCCUUGAGUCUUGGACAACCCUUCGGUCCACCACCACCACCCGCUCAACUAGCCUACCAGGGUCCACCGCCGCCAUUACCACCACAGCGGCCACCGCCACAGCAAGUGCAUGCGCCACAAGUGCUGCCCGAUUUGAGUGUUGGCGCCUCGAGCAACAACGAAAUUUGGUCUUCACCAGUGCAGGAUAUGCCAAAGAUUAUCUCGUUGGAUGUGAAGUGCGAAAAGAACGGCAUGAAAGUUUUUGUGAAAUUCGAUAAACCUUUCUACGGCAUCGUUUUCUCGAAGGGACACUACAGCAACAUGAAUUGCGUGCAUUUACCCUCUGGAUUGGGACGCACAUCGGCCACAUUCGAUAUUGGACUGCAUGAGUGCGGCACUUCGGGCAACACAGAGAACGGCUUGUAUGGCUAUGGGCAUGAGUCGGGUUCGGGCACCUAUUUCGAAAAUAUCAUCGUCAUACAGUAUGAUCCACAAGUGCAGGAGGUGUGGGAUCAAGCGCGCAAGUUACGUUGCACUUGGCACGAUCAAUACGAGAAAAGCGUAACAUUCCGCCCGUUCCCCGUCGAUAUGUUGGAUGUGGUGCGCGCAGACUUUGCAGGUGACAAUGUGGGUUGUUGGAUGCAGAUACAGGUUGGCAAGGGACCAUGGGCUUCCGAGGUGUCUGGAUUGGUGAAGAUCGGCCAAACGAUGACAAUGGUGUUGGCUAUCAAGGACGAUGACUCUAAGUUCGAUAUGCUUGUACGUAACUGUGUAGCGCACGAUGGCAAGCGUGCACCCAUACAAUUGGUAGAUCAACGCGGUUGCGUUACACGACCAAAGCUUAUGUCACGAUUUACGAAAAUCAAAAAUUUCGGAGCCUCCGCUUCGGUGCUCUCGUACGCGCACUUCCAAGCAUUCAAGUUCCCCGAUUCAAUGGAAGUGCAUUUCCAGUGCACAAUACAAAUCUGUCGUUAUCAGUGUCCCGAUCAAUGCUCUGAUCCCAAUUUGCAAGAAGUUCAUCACUUACAAGUUGGUCCGGAGUCGCAAUAUGGACCACCACCACCGCAAUUGCACGUUGACACCUACCAUGUGAGCAGCGGCAUUGGCAAGCGACGUGACGAGCGACGCGUCCAACGUCGUACGCGUGCCGUCGAUCCAGAGCAGGAAGUUGGACUUAAUCGUAUUAUCAAAGUCGUCUCGUCGGGUGACCUCACCUUCGCCAUUGACGAUCAGAUGAACGGCACAUCAGCGGCCACACCUCAAACGAUGGUGUUUCCAGCGCGCGAAGAUGGACUCAUCUGCAUGACGACACCCGGUUUCGCGAUCACACUGAUCAUACUGCUCGGUAUUCUAAUAACAUCCUGUCUAAUAUCAGCUGUGCUGUAUGUGCGCUUGCGGCCAUUCUCCACAUUCAGCCAUUCGGAGAAGGAACGUGCGGUGGCCUACACAAAUCCGCAAUUGACUGGUGCAUUGCCGGUCAUUCAAAUACCAGGACCACCGCCAACUGUUGCCCACACUGGUACACUCACCAAAACCCGAACGCACACAUGAACAUUGAAACGGAGAAUAUAAACAUUAUGACGAUUACGAAUUGGACUCGGUAUGCCGAGAUUUCUUUUAUAGUAUGUAUGUAUGUAUGAAUAUGUAGCUGCAGGUCGCGCGUACUACAUUCAGCAACCUCACCGAUCCGAUGCGAACUGAUUGUCCGCUGCAUUGGAUGGGUACUAACGUUGUCACCAUACAACACAAUCACAAUAGUCUUCUCUUGUUUGCAAUCGCUCUCGAGGCGGGUGUUUAUUUACAUAGUUAAGUUAUGAGCGUAGGGUCUAAAGAUUACAUGCAUUGACAUGUACGUAUGUAUGUAGUAGUGUAAUUUUAGCUUGUAGCUAUUUGUAUUUCUUUGCUUUUACAAAGUAAUGUAUUAAUUAUUAUUCGACAGUUCAAAAGCACAGAACCAGAUUACAUACUAAUUUGUGGUUAAAAUUGAGAACUUUUCGACGAGCCUUUCGAGUCUGUUUGGGCCUUCUGUAUUGGUGGCAGUUUAGCGCUUACAAUUUUAAUAAAAUUUAAAUAUAUAAAUGAAGACUAGUUUUUAAGUUUAUACAUACAAAUGUAGUUUGAUCCUUAAAUACAAACAUAUAUAUGUAUACGAAAAAAAUUUGAAGAUAUAUGCAGUAAAACCCGGUGCUAAGCCAUAUUCAAAGUUCAAAUGAAGCCAAGCGACUUUUGUACAAAGGCUUUAUCGACGAAGAGCUGUCUGCGGCUUGAUUUAAUGCCGCAAAAUAAAUUUCCAACAAUAGGUAUGUCAGUGAUAUCGAGUUCAGCUUAAUAUUAUGUACGUAUGUAUUUAAAUCAGUUAAUAUUCAAUGAACUUAUAUUUUCAUAUAAAAUAUUAUUCAAUUCAGCGCGAAUUCAGCUUGUUAAAAUGAAUUCAGCACAUAUUUAUGCUGGUGUUAAAUGCGACUUCGGCUCAAGUAACCAAUUCAGCUUGUUAAAAUGAAUUCAACACAGA